UCUCAGCUGCUUGAAAGCGACUCCCUCUGGGGUCCCAGCGUCAUCAGCAAGUUUCCGGCUCUUAUUUUGAAGAGGAAGAAUUCAGGAGGAUAGUAGAAAUGAGGUGUAGCCCGCGCACGUUAACUAAGAACUUCAGCAUUUAAAAGACCAUAAUACCCUCUCGACUGCAAUUCUUCUUUGUAGAAUUCUUCCUAGGGUUUUUUAAUUUCACCCUGGAUUGUUAAUCAGUUCCAACUGAGCUCAAAGGAAUGAGAAACAACAUCAAUAACGACGAACCAGCGACAGCUCCAGAGCCUAAUCGAUGGUAUGACAUUACCUUAGGCUCCUCGUUCAAGGAUCACCACUUCUUCCACCCUUCUCCCAAGUUCUGUACUUUACGUUAUGAAUUUAAGCCAGCUUCAAUUGAUAAGAACCAACCAGGAAUAUUCCACAAGAAAAAGGAUAACAGGGUCACUGUGGAAUUUCAAAACAACCAACAUGGAAAGCCCAAGGUGACUUUUGAGGGUAUCAGUGAGGACUACAGGGACAAUGAUGCUGUGUUAUUUUUUGAUGGGGAGACCUUUCGGUUGGAGAGGUUGCACCGAGCAGUGAAGCGAUUGAGGCAUGUGCGGCAACCUGGUGAGUCUGCAGCCGCAGCUUCUGUGGCUGUGGUUACUUCAGUUAGCCCAGCUGCAGAGUCAUCUCCACCAGGCAAAGGAGAAAAACAUGAGACUUUGAACAGAGAACCAGUUCAUCAAAUGCCAGUGGAACAGAUUGAUAUUGGUGACUCAGAGAGCAUUGAACCUAAUAAUGUGAAGGAUGUGGAGUGCCUACCUUCAAUUCCUAAUACAUCAGCUGCAUCACUAGAUGCCAAGAGUUGUGAAUCAGAGGAAGAGGUGGAUAUCGUCAAUGGUGAUGAAUAUGAUGGUUUCGCAACAGAGAGUAAGGAGAAUGCCAUUGGAAAGGAGUCCCACACUGGUAUUGGUAUUGAUAUUAACUUACCACAUCAAAUGGAUGCUGAUGUAGAUAUAAGUGAUGAUGAAACACACAAUGGCCGUAAUGCAGCAGAAGCUCUUAGAGCUCGAGUGAAUGCAGAGGGUAAAGAGCAGCAGACUUCCAGCUCAAGCAGCAGCAGUGCAAGUGAGAGUAGUGAAAGUGAGAGUGCUAGUGGAAGCGAGAGCAGGAGCAAGAGAAGUGUAAGUAGCAUUAGCAACAGCGAAAGCAGUGAUGGUGAUUCAGUCACCUCUAUCUGAGCAACGAAAGGUGAGCUGUGCUUGAGCAUAAAGAACUGAUACUUGGAGCCAGCAACGCGGGGAAAUCUUGACCCCAACUACUGUACAGGUUAUGUAUUUAAGUGUUUUUCUAUUGAAUUCCAGUUUCUUUUGCUUUGUUCUAGACCGCAUCAACUAUUGUUGUAUUUUGUAAAAUUGGAAAAAAAAAAGUUUAGUGUA